UUUAUGCGUUGCUUUUCCCUUCUUUCCCAUUCUUUUGCCGCUCUCGCUCUCUCUCUCUCUCUCCAAACUUGAAUUUGAUAUUAAAGAAUUACGUAAAUUCAAUGAAUAGAGAGAGUCUUCUGUACUGGUGUGCCCUUUUUGACUCUCAGGUGUAACCCCUGUAGCCACCCCGUAGUUCCAGGAAGCCGCGCUGCUUUACUUUCUCUCCAUAUUUUGAAUUUCAGUUCUUUGAUUUCCUUCGAGGAGUUUGCAACAAAUGCUUCUGUCGUAAAUGAUGCAUUAUAGUUAGCUUCCUCUGUUUUUUUCCCCCUCGCCCUGGGAAGUCACAAGUACGCAAGAAUACUUCAGUUUUCUUGUGGAAAGAAAGCCUAGGUUUGCAGAUUGAUUGAUAACGAAGAAAUGGCGCUCUAUAUGUAAUCUUCAGAGGGUGGUGUGAUUCCGGUUCAAAAUGGAGCAGUAUGAAAUUCUAGAACAGAUUGGCAAAGGUUCCUUUGGUUCUGCUCUGCUUGUGAGGCACAAGCAUGAAAGGAAAAAGUAUGUCCUCAAGAAGAUCCGCCUUGCUCGUCAAACUGAUAGAACCCGUAGAUCUGCCCACCAGGAGAUGGAGCUUAUCUCUAGAGUACGAAAUCCCUUCAUAGUUGAAUAUAAAGAUUCCUGGGUAGAAAAGGGCUGUUUCGUGUGCAUUGUCAUAGGCUAUUGUGAAGGUGGAGACAUGGCAGAAGCUAUUAAGAAGGCUAGUGGUGUUCAUUUUCCGGAAGAGAAACUUUGUAAAUGGCUUGUUCAACUCUUGAUGGCCCUUGAUUACUUGCAUGCAAACCAUAUCCUUCAUCGUGAUGUUAAGUGCUCUAAUAUAUUCUUGACAAAAGAUCAAGACAUACGGCUAGGUGAUUUUGGUCUGGCUAAAUUACUAACAUCUGAUGAUCUUGCUUCAUCUGUUGUUGGCACUCCGAGUUACAUGUGUCCUGAGCUUCUUGCUGAUAUACCUUAUGGUUCUAAGUCAGAUAUCUGGUCGUUGGGCUGCUGCGUAUAUGAAAUGUCUGCCCACAAGCCAGCUUUUAAAGCUUUUGAUAUGCAAGCAUUAAUUAACAAAAUAAACAAGUCAAUUGUGGCUCCUCUGCCAACCAUGUAUUCUGGCGCUUUUCGAGGGCUUGUCAAAAGUAUGCUACGGAAAAAUCCAGAGCUUAGACCAAGUGCUUCAGAGUUGCUAAAUCAUCCGCAUCUUCAGCCCUACAUUCUUAAAAUUCACCUAAAACUAAACAGCCCCAGAAGAAGUACUUUUCCAUUCCAGUGGCGUGAGACGAACUACGUAAGGAGAACACGGUUUGUGGAGCCAGACUCUGUUUCUACCCUUUCUGAUAGAGAUAAACGAUUGUCAUUUAGCAAUGACAGGGCCUUGAAUCCUAGUAUUUCUGGAACUGAAAAAGAUUCUCAGGGUUCAACUCAAAAUGGUCAUCGAUUUUCCACUCAUUCAAGGGAGAAACUGUAUGAACUGUCUGUUGGUCGCGCCCGUGAAGAAUGCAUAGCUAACAAGUCAAAAGCCACAAAGUUCUCGACCAUUGAUGGCAAUACUCCAAGAUUGAGAACAGCUAAGGAUUCUGCCACCCCCAGAAGGCAGUUAACCCCAUCAAAAAUAUUUCAUGCUGGUUCAAAGCGUGAUUCACUUCCGGUGUCUCAUGCUCCAGCAGGAAAUUCUUCUCCACCAUCACGUAGAGCAUCUCUUCCGCUGCGUACAAGAGUCAUGACCACAGAAACCUCUUACAGAGCCAAAGUUGGUCUCCUCCGGAGUGUGGAGUCUCCAGAUGUUUCUGUUAAUGCUCCCCGAAUUGACAGGAUUGCUGAAUUCCCUCUUGCAUCUUCUGAGGAAACUAUCUUCGCUGUCCCCAGCAGGUCAUCAGCAUCUGUCAUUUGCUCUUCUAGUUCACCAGUUGGUGCUGUUUGUUCAAUCACAAAGGACAAGUGUACUGUUCAGGUUGUGGACAAAGCCAUGGCAGCCCCUGCCAGCGUGAGUGAUACUUGUCCUGAAGCUUCAGGUCCAGGAUAUGGAAGUGAAUGCUCUGAGCAUGUCACGGCUGAUGUUUCAAGUCGUUCAUCUGCAGAGUCACGACAGCGUCGGUUUGACACCUCGUCUUACCAGCAACGUGCUGAGGCAUUGGAGGGGUUGCUUGAGUUCAGUGCGAGACUCCUACAACAACAGAGGUUUGAUGAACUUGGAGUGUUGUUGAAGCCAUUUGGACCUGAGAAGGUUUCUCCAAGAGAGACAGCUAUUUGGUUGACGAAGAGUUUUAAAGAAACUGUGGUCUAAACCUAUGGUCUGAUGCCCUUGUGAUCAAUCUAUCUCACGGUGUACAUUUUUUUUUUUGGACUGAUCGGUGUACAUUAAACAUCUGUUUGUAGAAUUUUAACUGACGAGCUUCUAGGUUCUAGCUUUCGUUUUGAGAUAAGACAAACUGAAUCUUAAAAUUUUAUACUCAUUUUCCCUGUGAUGUCCGCAAUGUUAAGGGUAACAUUUCAAGAUAGUCAAAUGUUAGGUCGCGUGUAACUCUGCUAAUAAUUUGGUGUUUGGUUUGUAGUGCCGUCUGGUAUGUUAGUCUAGUAA